AUGAGCACAACAACAGUGACAGCGGUCAAACCGACCAAAGCCAACAUUGGUGUCUACACAAACCCCGCACACGAUCUCUGGGUCGCAGAAGCAGAGCCCAGCCUGCAAGAGGUGCAGAAUGGCGGCGACCUGAAGCCGGGAGAGGUGCUGUUGAAUGUGAAGAGUACGGGGAUUUGUGGAAGUGACAUUCACUUUUGGCACGCUGGCUGUAUUGGUCCCAUGAUUGUAGAAGACACUCACGUACUUGGCCACGAAUCCGCCGGCACAGUCCUUGCCGUUCACCCUUCCGUAACCUCGCUCAAAGCAGGCGAUCGCGUAGCCAUUGAACCCAAUGUCAUUUGCCAUGAAUGCGAGCCCUGUCUUACCGGUCGAUACAACGGCUGCGAGCGAGUGCAGUUCCUAUCCACACCGCCCGUCACCGGCUUAUUGCGACGCUACCUCAAGCAUCCUGCCAUGUGGUGCCACAAGAUACCCGACAGCAUGACAUUUGAAGACGGUGCAAUGCUAGAGCCUCUCAGUGUAGCCUUGGCAGGUAUGGACCGUGCCAAUGUACGAUUGGGCGACCCGGUGGUCGUAUGUGGCGCCGGGCCUAUCGGAUUGGUGACCUUGCUAUGCUGUCAAGCUGCUGGUGCUACGCCCCUCGUCAUCACAGACAUUGACGAGGGCCGUCUGAAAUUCGCAAAGGACCUUGUCCCCAAAGUUCUCACACACAAAGUCGAAUUCACCCAUUCCCCCGACGACUUCCGCAACGCCGUCACCAAACUCAUGGACGGUGUGGAACCCGCUAUUGCCAUGGAAUGUACGGGUGUGGAGAGCAGUAUCGCCGGUGCCAUUCAGGCCGUCAAGUUUGGUGGCAAGGUGUUUGUCAUUGGCGUGGGCAAAAAUGAAAUGAAGAUUCCCUUUAUGAGAUUGAGUACGAGGGAGGUGGAUCUACAGUUCCAGUACCGGUACUGUAAUACGUGGCCCAAGGCUAUUCGGCUGGUGAGGAGUGGGGUGAUUGAGCUGAGUCGGUUAGUCACGCAUAGAUUUCAGUUGGAGGAUGCGGUUGAGGCUUUUAAGACGGCGGCGGAUCCCAAGACGGGAGCUAUCAAGGUGCAGAUACAGAGCUUGGAUUAA